AUGCCAAAGAUAGCGGGGGAACAGAGCUGGUGUUGGUGGUGGGGAGAAGAGAGGCAGACAGGGGCAGGAGGGGGUCUUCCCAGGGGUUGUGCUCUGAGGCCGUGGAGCAGCACGAGAGGCAGGAUGUUAUGGUUUAUUCAGCCCAGGAGUGGGGGCAGCGUGGACAAGCCCGUUGAGCAAUAUCCAUCCCAGCGCAGAGAAACUUCCCUUUUAACGCCUUUGGGAGUUUGCAACAGUCCUCUGCUGGUCUAUAGAGGGUACACAAACGGCUUUGAGUGA